AUGGGUCUUGGGGAGACGAUUGCAACUCUGAACUGGCAGCAGGAAUCCUACCCGGCGUACCGCGACUUCGCCGUCCUGCCCUUCCUCGUGGUGUUCUUCCCCACUGUCAGAUUCCUGCUGGAUGUUUCUAUCUUCGAGGUAAUCUAUCCCUGGCGAUAUGCCAUCCUUUUAACUGCGAACAUUGCAUCUUCGCCCAAGAGACGGUUCUCCCGGACAGAUUGAGGUGGAUGGGUCUCAACUGGUGAGUGUCAUCCAAUGUAGGACUUCCUCGUCUCCUAGAACUGGAUGCAUUUCGCUGCUAUUGAGCGUUGGGGCCUUAAAAAGAAGAUGAUCAUUCUAAAUUUUGGGAAACAGGCCUAUCAGAACUUGUUCCGCCUUCGGAAUAUUCUGAUAUGAUGCGCUUUUAUCUGUCGGAUUUCGGUUUUUAUUUUGAUUUAUUUUCUCUUAAUUGUGAUUGGAAUUUUUCUCAUAAAAUGCGUCAGAUUAUGCUGAAGCGUGGUGAGAUCAUGGUCAAGUCAUUGGUACAAGUAGUUUAAUCGUUGCCUAUCCGAUAAAUGCUGUAGAUUACCUUAAUAUUUGGGUUGAAGCCUUUCAAGAUGGAUGGUUUCUUUCGAAGAUUAUUACCGCCCCUUUCUUUUUUCAUAAUCCAACUCUUACACAUUUUUCUAACCAAGAAAGUUCUGUCUGAUAUAUAUAAAAUCCUGAUAAUUAGUUCUCUCUGAGAUCAAAUCAACGAUAUCGAUGUAAUACACGUAUUGCUACGCGUUUGCUUUCCUGUUCCUUGUGGUUGAAGAACAUCAGAUGGCUCUACAUGGGUCGUUAGAUCUCUCAGCUAAAAAGUAUUUGUGCUUCACAGGGCUUUCGAUUAUCAUAUGAUAUAACCACUUAUUUUCCCACGAGUAUUCCUCAGUAUUUUUGAGCAACAUAUUUCCUCUUAUAGCGAAUGGCGAGGCGGCUAGUACUUGGGAAGCAGCACACGAAGCUGGGUGCUGAAGUAGAUGGGAAGAGGAAGAAGCUUGAUAAGUUCAAGGAGUCAGCAUGGAAGCUGGUUUAUUUUCUGGCGUCAGAGCUGUUGGCUCUCUCCGUCACGUACAACGAGCCAUGGUUCACCAACACCAGAAGCUUUUGGGUGGGCCCCGGGGACCAGGCCUGGCCUGACCAGAAGAUGAAGUGAGAGUGCUUUCCCUCUCUUAUAGAAGCUUAGAUGGCGCUGUUUCUUUCUCUGAAUGGUUCUGCUCUGGUUCUCACGACUCUCUCACUGGAUCUUUCAUCAUUCCCAGGCUGAAACUGAAGGGAGUCUACAUGUAUGCUGCUGGAUUCUACGCUUACUCUAUAUUCGCAUUACUCUUCUGGGAGACAAGACGGUCAGACUUCGGGGUCUCGAUGUCGCACCAUCUGGCGACUGUCAUUCUUAUCGUGUUAUCGUACAUAUUCAGGUCUGUUUCCUGAUCCAGAAUGGGAAUUUCGGUCCACAUUUUCAUCCGUUUUUUGAAUAUUUGAUCUUGAGAAUGAACCCGAAAAAAAAAAAGGGUUUCGCCUAAACUUCAAAAAGUAAUAUUUUUUUGCCAAACAUACUGAAUUUUAAAUUCCUGCCGAUUAACUUCAUUCUUUUCAAGGAGAUUGGGUGAGAGAAAAACUGUUAUUGGGACAGUUCGGCGUGGGCAAGUCCCUAGCCUUUUGCGUGAAACAUUCGAUUUGGAAGAACUGCAAUGUAAUGGUUUACAUAUUUUCUGAAAAUGCCUCAAAUCUCUAUGUAGUUCAUAUAAACAGAAGUUACACGCAGCUGACUGCUCUCUCUCUUUCUCUCUCUCUCACAUCCUCAUCAGAGUACAGUUUUCUUGCAGAUUUGCUCGUGUGGGUUCCAUGGUCUUGGCUCUUCACGAUGCAACUGACAUCUUUCUGGAAAUGGCAAAGAUGUGCAAGUACAGUGGUCUCGAUUUAUGGGCUGGAGUUCUAUUUUUUCUGUUUGUUGUCUCAUGGGUUCUUCUUCGCCUAAUAUACUUCCCACUUUGGAUCAUCCGAAGCACCAGGUGACCACAAACUUCCUCUCGCAUUCUUCCCUUCAGCCCUUUCAAAAUCAUGUCAUUCAUUAAGGGGAGCCCUGCCCAACGACUGAUGCAGUUCGACUCAGACAGUACUUUGGGAGGAUGAAGCAGAUCAUUCUGUGGAGUGUGACUUAAAAAAAAAUUAAGACGUGUUCUUCCUCUGUUAAUCCUCACUGCAGGCAUAAAAUUUAUCUACGUCAUCUACCUUAGUCUAAACUUUCUCAGGAUAUUCCACACAGUCGUCCAUUUACCAGUAGAAGAUUCGGCAACUACUGCAGCCCCGGCUUCCUCAGCCGGAACUCCCCAGGUGGAGGAGUUAAUCGGAAUGCUGCUAAGCUAUCCGCAUCUUUUCUAUGAGUUAUUAUUUUCUGCAAAGAAUGGUUCUACGGAAUUCAAGUUUUAGAGUUGUGAUGAUGAAGAACUAGCUAGGCAAAUAACAUUUUUUUUUUCUGGAAUCAGCUCACCAUUUUUAGUAUAAUAUUGCGGAAAUUUAUUUUUUUUAUUUGGAAUUUUCAUGAUAUUUCCCGUUAAGGGUCAUCACCAUCUGUUCUCGAAUCUCCGUAAUUUUUUUACCUUUUAAAACCUUUUUUUUUCAAAGAACAUCGUGCGGCCUGCUCAGCCAAGAUGAGGAUACCUGGUGGAGAUUUUUCAGCUUCUCUCGUUGACCAAAUUGUGAUGAUAGCACCUUGAACAAUAACCAAUAUUCUUCCCCCCACUGCUUCCACUCAUUCACCUUCCCUGCAUUCGAAUUCAUCGAGUUGUGCUUCUUUUCUCAUUAUAUGGGGCGCUGCUUAUUUGUCUUUGGUGUUCAUCCUUUGAUAGUUAUGAGGUAAUUUUGACCUUGGACAAGAACAAGCAUAGGAUCGAAGGGCCAGUGUACUACUAUAUCUUCAACAGUCUCCUCUUCGCCUUGCUCAUUCUUCACAUCUACUGGUGGGUGUUGAUCUUCCGGAUGCUCCUGAGGCAGAUCCAGACAAGGGGCCAGAUUGGGAAUGAUGUCCGAUCAGGUGGGUCUCACAAACUUUACUAUUUCCAUCCCAUGAGCUGCAACCUGUCGCACAGCAAGGUCACAGCUAGAAAGCCCAUCUCAUUUGAUCAUGUUCUAGCUGCCUGAAAUGUAUCGUUCCUUGGGUGUACAGAUUCAGAGGGCGAAGAUGAGCACGAAGACUAG